ACAAAAAUACCAAGUAGGAUUUUGUGGCUUAUAUUUGCAACUAAAUAUCGAGGAUGUCUCUUAACAUUCCGAUCCGGGGUGCUCUUCCCUUAUCUUAGUUUAGUCGGUAAUGCACUAAACACACUCACAGCUUAAACCGAAAUACGGCUUAACGUAAUAAUAAAAAUAUAUUGAUUUGACUAAAUUCCCAUCAGUUUCUCACUAACUAUGCUGCCUAUCAGCUUAAGCCGAGAGACGAAUUAGUCAGAAACUAAUGGAAAUGUGGAUCUGAUCAUUAUUUUGAUUAUAAUUACGUUAAGCUGUGUCUCAGCUUAACUUGUAAAUGUGUCUAGGGCUGAAGGCAAUUACUGCUUUCGACACAUUUAUUUAAAUAAUCAAAAAAUAAUCUACUGUGCCUCAAACUACCAGCGUUUCAAACAUGCGGGCCCUCCCUUAUGUUGAAAAAAAAAACAAUUUAGAGAAAGUACACUGUUUUAUUUUUAAUAUUUUUAACCAACGUAACCCCUUAAGCCACGAGUUCAAGCUUUCCGAUAAGCUGGGACACUUUACCAAUUUCUUUGUGUAAAGUUACUAUAAAAAUUAUGGUGCAAAAAUAAACAAACGAUUACCGUUGUGCACUUUUCUUUCUGUAUGGCUCAACCCAACCUCUUUCAAAGAAUGGCAGGAAUCUCCAUGUAAGAAACUCCACUCUGCGUUAGAGUGCCCCAAAACUUUCUAUGUCUUUUAUGGUGGUUUAAAUAAGUUUGAAAAAUUGUUUAUUAUCUUUUUCUUUUCUAUUCAUACGAACUGUAUUACCUUUUUGUAGCUUUUGCAUGGGAAGUCUUUUACUGUUUAUAACAAGUAGGAAUUCUUGAAUGGUCUUUGUGAAACUGUGCUUUACAUUCUUUUUAGAGUUAAUGCAACAGUGUUAAACAAAUCCAGCUUUAAAAUAUAUAUAUAUAUUAAUUGCAAUUUCGCAGAAUUGAUUGCUGAACUUAGUCACUAAAGCACUUUAGGUACGUUAUUCAUUAAUUUUAAUAAUUGAGGGUGCUUUUACGUAUAAGGUUAGGCAAUGCUAAUUUUUUAAAUGGAUUUUAGAAGGCAGUUUCUUUGUGCAUACUACACAGAUAAGAACCUUAACCUAAAUUCAGGAUGACUACACAAGAAUUACAAUGGGCAUCAGCGCCUAUUAAACUAGUUCUACUGCAUUUUGGAAAUCAGCAAAGAGCAUGUAAUGUGGGGCAAAAAAAAAAACAGAUGGGUUUGUAACGUGCUGCUGUAAAAUUGCAGCUCAAUGGGGUGGGUUGGUGAUAAGGAACGUAUAAAAAGAGGGGCAUGAAACCAGGGUGACACAGUUCGUGAGGGAAAUAUCAUUGUAGUGUGCCCAAUGUUGUCACUGCUAUGAAUAUUACUAAUGGCAGGGGAUGGGUACCGUGUGUUGCACAUGAUGUCCCUAUGUACCAGGAGCUUUUAUGGUCAUUCUGUUUUUUUUUAACGUCGUCGGUUGAGCUUUCUCGUCCAAUCCUUGUCCCUUUUACUCAGGUCCUGGUGAUGGUACUGAAGAGCACAGAAUUCGUGUAGACACUGCGAGUGCCACUCCAUUCCUAGUGUACACCCGCGACGUCUCACCGCGCGUCGUUUUUCCCACCCGCGCGCGCGUCUGAUGUGUAUAAGCAUCGAGUGACGCCAACAUGUUGCUUCUCACAAUAAAAUACGACGCUCAGACGCUCAGUUGGAAAUCUGCAACGCUCCGAGUAUGUGGUGUGGUUCCGCGUCUCGUGUCCACUCGAUGAACCAUCAUCACUACUGUAGCAAAAUUUCCUCAACACGCAAAAAAGUGCCACACACUCGGAAUUGUUACGAUAUUUUGCUGAUGCGAUAAAUUUUUAUCCUGAAAAAAAAUUAAAAAAAAAAAAGUUCUUUAAUCGCUAUCUUCCUCGGUCACAUCGCACGCACACGUCAACUUUUUUUUAACCAGUGAACUAGUAAUUUUUUUAUACAUAAAUAUCAAUGGAUUAACUAGGACAGUUUAGUGACUCUUUUCUAAUGAACAAUAAUUUAUCCAUUUUUCUAUCAACCGCCAAAGCAGAGGAUUAUUGCAUUUAAAUUUUAAAAAAAUAUUAACAAAAAAUUUGUUGCACCUCUUUGUGUUUUUUUUUUGCAUCUAAAUAAUUAUUAAAAAUUGUGUGCGUGUGCUGAAUGUUUAACGGUGAAACCUAAAACAGGGAUAAUUUCAAGAAAUUUUACUAAAUUUAAUUGUAAGGUGAAAACUAUUAAAUAGAUUCUACUGUGUGAAUUUCUCAGCACAAAACUCAGUGAUUGUUUCCUAAAAAAAGUAAAUCUUAAAAAAACAAUGCGCAACCAGUGCACGAAUUUUCUCAGUUCCUGGAGACAGUUUCAACAAGGAAGAAGCACUAUUUUUACUAAAGCAACCUAAACAUAUAAAAAUCAUACAAGAGUGUUGUGUAGAUUUUUUACCACAUAAAGAGAGAUUCAGUAGAAAAAUUUGUGUCUUAAGAGAUAAAGUGUUUUAUCUGUUUUACAGUUGGACGCAUUGAGAAUCCCUGCAAAAGUUAGACUGUAGUGUUUGUACUAAAAAAAAAAAUUGUUGUUAAAUGUUUUUUCCUGGUAGUUAACAAGCUGAAAGAGAUAAACUCUUUCAGUGUUUUGGGUGCAAAGCAGCCACAUUAGGAUUCCUUUAGCCUAAAUAAAAAAAACUGUGCUGUAUAAAAAAAAAUAGUGAAUAGAUAAGACAUCUAUCUUGUGUAUUGUGUAGCAGUUGUAAGGUUUCCUUGUUAACAAUUUUUCAUAAAGAACAUAUUCUUCUAUUCAUCCCAUCGCGUUGGGAGAAACUACAAAAUAAAAAGCGGUAUUAAAGAAGCAGUAUUACUAUACCUACAUUAUGACAAUAAAUUUUUGGUUUUAAAGUAAAUGAAAAGGAAAUGAACAGUAAAAUUGUGCAGGAGGUAAUAAUAAAAAGUGAGAAAAUCAAAAGACAAGAAUCCACCAAGAGUGACAAUAAUACCACAAUUUGAAGUGAAGAUUUUGACAAAAAAAAAUACAUAUAUCCUAUAGCAGGACUUUUAAACCUCCGAUAUUUAGUGAGUCUUCCGAGUGUAUAAAAGUGAGACUUAUUUUAUACCCUAACACAUCGUCAACAAAAUAUAGUUAUAUUCUUUGAGAGAUUAGUAUAUCGCGAAACGAGUGCCAUUGCUAUAAGAAUCAGAAUGGAGCCUGAAGGGCGUCAGGAGGUGGUUACGGGGACGAAGAAAAGACCACCGAAGCUGAAAAACACUGAUCGCACAAUAUCCAUCACCAUUGAGAACUACAAGCCACCUGCUCCUGUAAUUGUGGACGAUGGCAUGAUUCUCGAGGAGAUGGACAGCCUUCCACCGCAUCCGUCAUCAGCGCCCCUGGAUGACUACAACCCGCCGAACAUAUUUUACGUGGACGGUGGCAGUACUGGCGCCAUCAGCUACGAAGAUUGUCCACAUUCACUCUAUGCCGCCCGUAGGAGUAGCUUUCGACGAUCCGAUACACUCGACGUAAGUGCUCCGGGUCUUCUGCAGAUGCGUAAAACACGAUCGUUUCACUUAAAUGAACCGCCAACGGUUGAGGAUGUACUGAAUGCACGUCGUACGAGUAGUAGUGUUCGAAACUCCAUGCUGUAUCCCAAUGAGUUAGCGGUGGCACCACUAGCAACCCCCGAACACUCUCCUUCGUCCGAUCGAAGAAACUGCUCAAUGCAUCGUUCUUUCAAUGAUCCUCAAAAGCAGAGGAUUAUGAGCCGGAGGGAUGCUAUGAAAUGUCACUCUUUUAGCGAAAACAUCUACCCAGAUGACAGUGAGGAACGACGAAAGGAUGUCAAAAAGUUUAGUUCGGCCAAUGUAUCCCUGGAGAACGAACUCUUCAGAUCACGAAGCAAUAGCCGAAGUCGUAGUCAACAGGAAGAUGAAACUGUGGACAUCCGAGUGGAAUAUAGUCCACGUCCGAGUGCCGUUCUCAAGCGUCAAAUGACAACGGUUAUGUCGACAGAACCAGUUGCUCAUGCUCUCAGUAGAUCAUCCCGAACAGCUAAGAGUUUCUACUUAUCACCGGCAUCGUAUGAUGAACUGCGUGCAGUAUCUCCGAGAAGAUCUCCAGCAGAUGCAAGAAAAGUGUAUAGUUCGAGUAUGAAGUACAAGAUGGACAAGGAAAAUACAGGUUUGGUGCCAACAGGUGGUGCUAAGAAAUCUAAAAGUUUCAUCGCGGAUGCCUUACCUGUACCACGUGCUUUUGAACUGGAACGCAACAUAUCACCGUACGGCUGGGAUCGGGGAAAACUCUUUCCACCGAUGAGAUCACAAAGGUGCAAAGGUCCAAGGUUAACGCAGAGCAUCAAACUUCCUGAAACACGAUCAUCGUACGAAAGUCGACGGAGUUCUCUCGGUUUCGAUACGCUAGGUGAAGUCGACUAUGACGCAGUGCUGAGGUCCUACCGACAAGGUCAUCGUACACGUCGAAAGAGUUCUACGGCAUCUCGGGGAAAGGCGAAACGUCCUACGGACUUUGAUGAGAGUGACGAAAGUGUUCGAAAACGCAAAAAGAUCGUAUGCAUCGUUACAACGGUGUUUGUUAGCCUAGUCUUUGCUACAGUAUUUGUGGUAAUAGUGUCACUAGCCCACUCUAGUGGAACAAGUCAAACGCACACCAAAUCUCCGAAGAUCUACCCACUAAAUAGGGGACUUCCUCUGCACUACAAUGGUAUAUAUUAUACUCCUAAGAGGAAUUAA